CUGACGUUUUGAAGAGGGGGCAUGUUAGAUGCUCACAGGAUAAUUAACUACCCCAACGCCUUGCCUGGAUAUGCCUAAUUUGGUUAAUCGUGUCGUCUGGAGGAGAUUCUUUGAGAUGGAGUAGGAGAUUAGAGAAAAACUCGCAAUCCUCCGUACUCUCACUCCCUUGUACUGGCUGCGCUCGCAGAUUCCCAGCACGUGUCGAACCAGUGUGUCAGUUGCAGUCCACAUCCGGAGAAUACUGAGUUAAAUUUCGGAGCGUUUCGGCCUUGAACCCACCCAUCUCCAGCCAUUGCCGUGCGCCCCCAAGGCAUGGCGGGAUCGACCGCCUACCCGGUCUCGAUUUCCGAAAUUGAGUUUCCCUCCCAGGCUCAGAGUCUGUCGCAUAUCCUUUCGGAUCUCAAGAGAGCAGCGUUGUCUAUAACCAAUAGGCUGAAAUCUAUCGAAAGUGAUUCGCAGUUUGCCCAGGGAGUCUCCGAGCACUAUCGUCUACCAUUAAUAGCAAACGAACGGUGUGGCAGUUGGUAUAUUCAACCCGAGAGAAAAGUAGGAAGCGCGUAUUUCAAAAGUACCGAUGGCCAUGCCGGUCAAUGGGACUUCAGUCUCCGUCGGCUCAACCUACAGGUUCUCGACGUUCUUAGUCAAUACGGAGGAUGCAUCGUUGUGGACUCGACAAGAAGGGGCAAGGCAAUCCCUGAUGCCCUCUCGAAAACUGCUCCUAUCUGGGCUGCAGUGAUGAACAAAACUCUGUUUCCCGAUGAGCCUGCAUACCAUAAUGUUCAGUUCCCGCCAGACUUCCUUGGCGCCUCCGAAGAGUCACAAAUUGAAGGCCGAAUUGACGGGUUUGUGGCUGCAUUCAAGGCCCUGGGACUGGACCUGGAAUCGCUGAAGAAUAGGAUGGGAAAACCCGUCCGCUUAUCGUGGGCAACAAGGGAUUAUUUUUAUCCUGAAUACCCCCAAAAUAGGAAUUUUCAUCUAAUGGUUUUGUGUUCCGCCUCAAAACGCGUGCGAGGUGCUGAAAUGUCAGAAGGUGGGUAUAUCCAGGGCGCAGGCGAUGACAGUGAAGGGUGGGCAUGUGGUCUCACGCCGGAUAUAUUUUGGAACAAUCGAGAACUUCUCCUCAAAUCCAGGGAGGAGACGCUACCGGAAUUGAUUGGAGGCUUGGUUGAGAAGGAACGUCAAACUUCUUCAACUGAGCAGGCAACAUUGAUCAAACCAACCAAAAACAUCUUUGUUGGAAAAAGCGAAUCGCUCAACGUCCCGGAUAUCCCCUUCGACUUGAUCAUUGAUUGUCAUGGCGACCCCAACCUGUCACAGGGUCCAAUAUUAAAUCUGGGCUGCGUCGCAGGUAAACUUGGGAGCCGCAAUUUACGAAAGGUUCUAGACAAGGUUGAGAAAUUCGUAUCCCGCAACCUAGAAGAAGAUUUGUCCCAGUCUCUGGUCAUAGUAUGCGAUACAGGGAAAGAUUUAUCUGUUGGAACAGCUCUUAUGAUAAUCUGUCUGUUCUUCGACGACGAUGGGUCCUACAUACGAUUGCAAUCCGGCAAACCCAUUAACAAGCAAUAUAUCCGUCAGCGGUUGGCAUGGAUAGUGUCAUCAAAACAUGAUGUUAACCCGUCGCGGACCACGCUGCAAUCUAUCAAUUGGUACCUCAUGGAAAGACACGACUGA